AUGCCGAUCGACCAAUGGACCACCGAUAAUCCAACAGUCAGUGACAAUCUAAGCAGUUAUGGAGAUGAAUGCCUUGAAAAUGCAACCAACAUCAUUGACGAUAAGACAGUUCAAGCCGCCUUUGGAACAGCAUAUACAAUUAUAUUCAUAGUUGGUAUCUUUGGCAAUGCGCUAGUAUGCUACGCUGUGAUCAGGAAUAGAGCUAUGCAAACAGUCACUAAUCUCUUUAUCACGAAUCUUGCAUUGUCCGAUAUACUUCUCUGCGUAUUUGCAGUACCGUUUACACCACUUUACACCUUCCUCGGACGAUGGGUAUUCGGAGGGCCCUUGUGCCAUAUAAUGCCUUAUGCACAAGGAUGUAGCGUCUAUAUUUCAACGCUCACUCUCACUUCCAUAGCUAUAGAUAGGUUUUUUGUCAUUAUAUAUCCAUUCAAACCUCGCAUGAAAAUUAAGACAUGCAUAUGUUUGAUCGUUUUUAUAUGGGUAUUUUCUCUUUCGGUUACGUUCCCCUACGGAUACUACAUGGCUCUUCAAGAUCUAUUUUGUGCAGAAAAAUGGCCUUCAGAUCAGAUACGCAAAGCAUUUGGUGCAGUCACUACUAUAAUGCAAUUUGUAGUUCCUUUUAUAGUUAUGGCAUUUUGUUACACUUGUGUUAGUAUAAAAUUAAACGAUAGGUUAAAAUCUAGACCUGGAAGUAAGAAUAGUAAAAAAGAAGAUGCAGAAAGAGAAAGAAAGAGGAGAACAAAUAGAAUGUUAAUAGCAAUGGUAGCUAUAUUUGGUCUGUCAUGGCUACCAUUGAACCUUAUUAACAUUUGUAGUGACUUCUACUCUUUUACAGAAGACUGGAAGUAUUAUAUGAUAAAACUGUUAAUAAUUCGGAUAAGGAGCCCAUUGUGUCCGCGCUUUAAACUGAAAGGUUGA